AUGUCAGAAACUGCUUCCAACGAAAAGCCCAAACAUCUCUACCAAACAUGGUUUGAUAGAUUUUGCUUGAUAAAUAGACGAGAGGAUCCAACUACCCAUUCUGUAUGGCAGAAGCACGCCAUCGUCGCUAUAACCACUCUGUCUGCAUUCACGGCACCUUUUGCCUCGUGCAUUCUCUUCCCAUCCUUUACAACUCUCGUCGACUACUUUCACACCACUGAGACAAAGGUCGCACUUACUACAACUGUCUUCCUUCUUGGCUUGGCUAUUGCUCCUUUGUGGUGGAGUACUCUGAGCCAGCAGUACGGCCGUCGACCAGUUCUAGUCUCAAGCUUCCUUUUUUCAACGGUGGCUGUGAUUGUCUGCGCAGUCUCCAACUCCCUUCCUCUCAUCAUCGUGUUUCGGCUCAUCGAGGCAAUGGGCUGCUCGUCUGCUCAAAGCGUUGGUGCUGGCGUCAUUAGCGAUAUCUACAUCUCGACUGAGCGUGGAUCAGCUUUGGGCUGGUUUUACCUGGGAACACUCAUCGGACCCUUGGUCGCGCCUAUCAUCGGUGGUGCUUUGCAAGUUUGGCUUGGAUGGCGUGCAAAUCUGUACUUCAUGGCCAUUUUCACCUUCAUCGCUGCCAUGCUCACCCUGUUGGUUUUGCCCGAGACACUGGUCAAAUCCACUACUGAGCAGCCUAAGCCAUGGCACCAGAUCCUCAAACGCGAUGCUCUAGCGCCGCUCCCUAAGCUGAAAUUCUUGAUGGUUCCUUCCAUUGCCCUGACUAUUGCAUAUGUGAGCAUCUGCUUCGCAAGCCUCUACUGCUUCAACACGACACUUCCAUACGCAUAUGCUGCUCCAUCUUACAACUUUUCAGCCAUCGAAAUUGGUCUUUGCUACAUCAGCAACUGUCUCGGAUACGCCAUCGGAAGUGUCGUCGGAGGUAAACUGAGCGAUGCGAAGUUACGCCAGUACCAGAACAGCCACGACGGAGCAAUCCGUCCCAUCGAAAGGAUCAAGACAGUUUGGUACGGCGUUGGUUUUAUCCCGGCUGGACUGAUCAUCUACGGUUGGUUGAUAGAGAAAAGGGUGUUUUGGAUCGCUCCUCUUGUCGGAGCUUUCUUGUUUGGCCUGGGGCUCAUGCUUGUCACGGCCACUGUCAUGCCUUUCCUUGUUGACAUCAAGCCAGGAGCUGGUGCUUCAGUCGUGGCUGAUCUCAACUUGGUCCGCAAUGUCCUGGCUGCCAUUGGUACCGUUGUCUCACCUAUUGCUACGUCAAGUAUUGGUUUCGGGUGGUGGAUGUCUGUCUUGGCUCUGAUCUGUUCUCUGGCAGUGGGCUUUAUUGUCGUCGUUGUGAGGAGGGAAGGGACAGAGCGGGAAUCAACCGACAACACACAGGUUUAG